AUGAAGCGUGCGGGGCGGAAGAAGCAGCAGCAGCAGCAUGAUUCUUCACAGCAGCCGCCUAAGCGACAACCACCACGGAAGAGCGCGGUCGAAUCGAGGCGGCCAUUGAGCAGCGUCAGUGUUUCCCUUCCCCCACCUGACGGUGGUACGGUUAUCGGGACUCCCGAAAACACCAUAUCAAGCCGCCAACCAAUGCCUCUUGAUCUUUUCAUGCUUGAUCCCAAAGACCUUACAAACACCUAUCCUGCAAUCGAUGGAGCCUAUGCUUUCACGCUGCCACUACCAUCAAAAGAGCGCAAUACCACCAGAACCGAAUUUCCGGAACCUUUAGACCUACAGAUUGGGUCCAACGAGGAGGCAUCGUCGAGUGGUGCAGAGAAUGACAACAUCACUAUCAACCUCCCUGCUGGCUCUGCCGGCACCAAUACCGAAGCCUUCACGCCUCAGGCAGGUGGCCAGGAUCCUUUUGAUGACUCUGAUUGGAUGUUUUGGUCUCCCACUUUCACGCAAGACGAACCAGAUGCUUAUACACCACACCAUUCUUCUUCUGUUCCGAUCGGCACUGCCGUUGACCUUGGGUCGAUUCGUGCCUCUUCUGAUAUCUCGCUGUCGGACAAUUGCCUAUCUCUGGCUAUGGGCAUCCUCGGUACCCUAACGCCUCCUCUGGCAAUGUGUCCCAGAAUGCCCAACAGCGAGGGCAAACAUCGGCAAGACAGCGUCGGAACGGACGCCGGGGCGUCCGGUUCUGCGAUUAAUACCUUUGACGACAUCAUGCAGCGCAACGUAGCAAGCAUCGAAGCCAUCAGACCGAUACUAAAGUGUCAAUGUUCUAUGAACAGUAGUGUUGUCCUCAUCCUUUCGCAUAUCAUCUUUCAGAUUCUGUGGUGGUACACUGCUGCUGCCGGGGUGCCAUGUGUAGCGUCAUGGCUGCCGCUGGGACAGAGGACCCAGCUGCCUCAAGUACCGCCGCCGAUUUCUGCGACCAUGCCAGGAUACGGCUCCGUCGAGGAAGGUACCCAGGAACACCUGACCGACCAGGUAGCGUCAGACAAUUCCGCCGAACCGCACGAGGCGGACCAUUUUCUGCGCGCACUUGUCAGCCAGUCGCAGCUAUUGGCCAGCAUACACUGGCUCAACAGAUCACAAGUGCUUGCUUGCGUCCCCCCUGACGAAGCAGUCCCCUUCCAGGAUGUUGCGGACAUGGCCUGUGUAUCGGUAUCUGAGCUCAGACGCGUCGUCCGCUUCACAGCAAUGUCUGGAUUUAUCUGCGAGCCGCAAGCUGAUUUCGUCGCCCACACCAAACUGUCUCGCCACUUCUUGCUUAAGACGGCCCUCUCUGAUGCCGUCCUGUUCUUCGGUGACGCUGUCUUGUGUACGGCAUUGAACACACCACUCACUACGCAGCUGCAAACCCGGACGGCACACGGACGCAACCCUGCGUUUCCGUAUCCCAUCACGGCGUUCCCACUCGGCGGUUCUCCUCAGCCGAGGCUGAAACGACAGGCCGCUGCGUUUCAGCGCCAGGUGCUUCAGCAGGCUUUGUCGAGCGAGAGAGCCACUGCUGACCUAUUGGAAUCGUGGAUGGCCGAUGCGUCGUCGGACAACUCCACUGUUGUUCAGAUAUGCUGCGAGUCCGAUGCGGUAGCCCGUGCGGUAGCCAGUCGACAUCCACAGCUGUACUUUGUCAUCCAGCUGAGCAUGAAGACUCAGCCGACUUGUGCGGGCAUUCAUGACAAUGCUGGUUUUGGUCACGUCACCAUCCAACAUUGCGUCCCAACGUCUGCGCAGCGCAUAACGGACGCAUGGUUGUACAUCAUUCACCUGCCAACACCUUCUAUCGUGCCAGCACCGGUUGACAUGCUCUCGCAAGCCACUCAGAUGCUGUGGGCUCAUUUUGAUGUUUUACGUCAAAACAGAUCCUCAAGGUUAAUCAUCGUGGCAAGUGGGCUGCUCGGAUCAACCAAGGCGAAUAGCAAGGCAGAGGCAGCAGUGCGUAUGUACGACCUGCUCUUAAUGCAGAUGACGAUCGACAAACAUGCCAUAGCCAUGAAUCAAAUGGAGCAGCUGUUGGGCAACAUCCGGGAUUUAAGCUGGCGACUCGUCAUACGGAGGAAAGAGAUAUCCGAUAGCCAUCCGACUGUGGCUUUUGAGGUUGGACUUGUAGUUGUAUGA